ACCACAAAUUAUUUCUUAUACAUCAUGUGUGUAUUUUUGGUAAAUAUACCAUUAGCUUUGAUUUACGAUUUCCUAUUGAUGUUAUCGAAAGAAGAAAGAAUGGUUUUCAAAUUGAUGCGUAAAUUUGUUUACACUUCAAAAGCUGUUGGAAAGUUUUCACGCGUAUAUUUUGAAUUUCAAAAUGAUGGCAUGUGGGAACUGGUUAAACACAUACCGGAAAAAGAAAUAACAAAGUUUGGUAAUAUUACUAAAGCUUUCGAAAAAGAUUAUAUUGAGACCAUGAAACAACUAAGAGAUGGUGUGAAAAAAUAUAUUUUUAAGGAGCCACUUAAAGCAACACCAGCUACUCAAAGACGCUAUAAAAUCUUAAUUAUAUUAGACAGAAUUAUAAAAGUGUUAAUAAUUUCAAUGUUUGUAGGUUUGUUAUGGAAACUGGUUAAUUAAAAUUAAGAAUAAUAAAUGAAGAAAGGGAUUUUUAAAAUAAUAAUAA